AUGGUGCGCAACUACAAAAGAAAGACCGCCGAUAAUAAAAAAUAUACAAAGAACGAUCUAGUAUUGGCUAUUGAUGAAGCCAAAAGAACAACAAUUCACAGAACUUCUAAAAUAAAUGGAAUUCCUUACGUUAUGUACAUCACAUUACCGAAUCAAAGGUAUACGUGGAGCAGAACACGACAAGAAGUUACCAGGACCAUCAAGUAUCUGCCAGCAGCGUGUCAUUUGAAGAUCUUUUGUUAUCUGCAGUCAAACAAACUCCAAAGAGUCCAAAGUCACCGACACAGGAAAAACUAG